AGAAAAAAAAUCAAAAUCAAAUUGAGUGAACCCUAGAGUCUACUCGCCCAAGACUAGAAGGGGGAAAAUCUUGAAACAAUCAGAAACGAAGCAGAAAGGUGAAUUAAUCGAGAUAAAGAUAGGCAAAUUAACCGGAAUUUUUCCGGUCACCGGCGAAUAGCUCGGCUCCCCCAUCAAUUUAUACGGGAACGUUAAAUCAAAAGAACCAAUCAUGGAUGUCGACUCACAACCAAUGAUGGAGGAGACGGUUUUGGUUGGAGAUGAUUUAAUGUUGGGACCACCAUCACCUCUCAUUCCACCUGAAAUUGCUUCUCAUGUCCUCGAAGGCGUUAAUUUGUGUGAUGGGAUUUUGAGGAACCUAUUUUUGUGUCUGCAAGUUAAUGAUAUAGAGCCAUUUUGUCAAGAAGAGAUUGCUUUGUAUCGGGAGUGUGCAGAGAAACGGGACAAGGAAUUAAGACAACGUCUUCAAGAUAGCGAGUAUAAGUUAGGGUUAUCAAUGCCAUUGGAUCUAGCAAAAGAAAGAGCUUCUCAACUUGAGUCUGAAACCACAACAUUGGAGAGGCGCUUGAUUCUUGCAAGCGGGAUGGAAGGUGCAGAAGGGUUUCGCCAAAGAUGGAGUUUGCAUGGCCGUCUUACUGAUACCAAGAAAAGAAUGGAGGCUUUGAAGCAAGGACUCGAAAAUAGGAAAAAGGACGACGAACCAACGAGCGUUAAAGCUCCAACAACCAAAAAAUGGCUCUUUUGGUGAAAGUAGAACAGAUCAUUCAAUGAAAAUACGUCAAGCGAAAAAUAAGCACGAGUAACUGGACAUGGAUACGCCUUUCGGGAAUUGGUUCGUUUGUUCUGCUUGCAACAUAUACCGAAUUUCUGGAUCCAUGGAGCAUGGUCUGUAGCAACAAUCUUCCCCUGUUUAUUUUUUAUCUCUCUAAGUUAUUAUGGAUUUGAUUAUAGAAGGGGAAGAACAUGAGAAGAUCAUCACUCAUGUUUUUUGUCUACUUGUAGUUCAAGUAUUUGCUUGAAUCACAUGAAUAUAGAUUUGGGGAUGCUACCAAAGUUAUCAAAUCUUGAACUAAUUUCCUUUGGUUGUC